AAAAUAUCGGAGUGAAAGCGGGAGGAUGACCGCCGCACGGUAUUGCGUGAUAGCGGAGAGACAUCGCGUACUGGAUGCUUGGCGGAACCCGGCUCACCAUUAACCUCACAGAAUGAGACGACAAGAGAACGCAGUCUAUCGCGUCUUUCGAUAACGACAUUGUGAGGGCUCCACAACAGUGAUUGAUGUAAUGGAACCUAUUGGGUUUAAAGAUGGCAGAUCUCGCUGAUGGCUGUCUUUGAGGUGUGAUUAAUACGAGUCUAGAUGAAUUCAUCGACGGGCCUUGCGCAUUUUCACCUCAUAAAUCGUGCCUUUGACCCCAAUUGUCGUUCCAAAAGACUAUCCAAACCAUGGCCGACGAAAAAGGGGUCGAGCUCAAAGUGACGCCCGCGUCCAAGGGCAAGACCGUCUCGGAGAAGAACGCCGACGUGACGCUACGGCUUCUCGAGCAGCACGGUGACGAGGUCGGUCCCCUGACGCCCGAGAUUGAGAAGAAGAUCAGGAGGAAGCUCUAUCUUCGUGUCAUGACUCUACUGUCCGCCAUCAACAUUAUGCUUUUUGUUGACAAGUCGACACUCGGCUACGCAGCUAUCUUGGGCCUCUUUGAGGAAACGGGCAUCAGACAAGCCCAAUACAAUAACUUGAACACGAUGUUCUACGUCGGCUACCUAGCCUUCCAAUGGCCAGGCCACAUCCUCAUGCAGAAACUCCCCUUCAGCAAAUACGUAGCCAUCACAAUCUUCAUCUGGUCAGCCCUCAUCUUCCUUCACUGCGCAGCAACAUCCUACCCCGCCCUCAUCGUCCUCCGCCUCCUACUCGGCGCCGCCGAAGCCACAAUCGUCCCCGCAAUGGAAAUCACAAUCGGCAUGUUCUUCAACCGCCGCGAGCAAUCCUACCUCCAGCCCGUCCUCUGGAUCACUUGCCAAGCCGCGCCCCUCGUCACCGGUUUCCUCUCCUACGGCCUUCUCUACUCUACAGGGCCCGUCCUCCCCUGGAAACUCCUCCACGUCGUCACGGGAGGCCUCACUUUUUUCCUCGCCAUCUGGGUCUGGUUCGAGUACCCCUCCAACCCAGCCGAAGCCCGCUUCCUCACCCUCGAAGAGAAAAUCCACGUCAUCCGCCGCGUCCACGCCGCGCACCAGAGCUCCAUCGAGCAGAAACGCUUCAAGCGCGAACAAGUCGUCGAGACCCUCCGCGACCCCGUAUCCUGGCUCUUCGCCCUGCAAUCGUUCACGCUAAUGUACUCCAACAACCUAAACUACGGCCAAAAGAACCUCAUCACAACCUCCAUCGGCAUCAAACCCCUCGGCUCGACCCUCGUCGCCGCAGCCGGCGGCGCCUUUGGCAUGCUCUGCUGCGUGGCCGCAACCCUCGCUCUCCGCAGGUGGCCGAGCAACCUCGCGCUCCACGGGACCGUCUGGUGCAUGCCUGCCGUGGCCGGCGGCAUCGCCAUGGUCACGAUCCCGUGGGACCGCAAGAUCGGCCUCCUGGCCUGCCUGAUCCUCGCGGCGGCGACGUAUGGCGUGACGUACAUCAUUGCUCUCGGGUGGACGACGUCCACGGCCGCGGGGUAUACCAAGAAGCUGACGCGGAAUGUGAUGUUCAUGCUGGGCUACAACGUCGGCAACCUCGUGUCGCCGCAGAUCUGGGUGCCUUCCAACGCGCCGCGGUUCUACGGCGCGUGGGCGUCCAUGAUUUCCGUGAGCUGGAUCGGCACGCCUGUGAUUCUGUGGAUUAUCCGGUUCAUUCUCGUGAGGAGGAAUAAGGAGCGGUUGGAGUAUAUCGCUGGCCUGAGCGAGGACGAGCGGGAUGGGUGGGUUGAGCAGGUUGAUGAGGGUGGUGAGACGGUCAGGGUCAAGGUCGAUAUGGCUGUUUUGGAUUUGACGGAUUUGCAGAAUAAGCAGUUUAUAUAUCCAAUUUGAGGGGUAAGGUUGUUCCGGAUUCCCGGGCAACUCUGCGAGAAAAGGUUCACUAUAGAAUGAGACUUGCGUGUUUUUCACCAGUCUUUCUAAAUUGACGCUCUGAAGUGACCCUUUUUGCUCGGCAGGAUACCAAUUUGAUAGAAGCUAGGAGACCGCAGUGAGCUCCAUAGGUCGAGUAGGCCGCCAACUAGCAACGUGAUGC